CUCUGUCCCGCUGCUGCAUCUCCAACCGAGCCCCGUGGGUCGGGGAGGAUAUUGUUUGGGGAUGGACAAUCGAAGACCUCCUGAUACUGGGCCCCGGGAGACAGGACAGGAAAGCGGUGAUCUAGUACUAAGCAUGGCAGAUCAUCCAACCCAAUAUGCCCACUUUGUAGAUGAGAAAAUGAGGCCCGGGAAGGUGAAGUGACCGAAUUUAUCUUCUGCACUUCAUGCAUUGAAAAUGUUUUUCUGAGGAGUUCAUGCCUUCACCAGACUUCCAAAGGUUUGCUGAGCUCUUCCUCCAAGAGAAAUUAUGACAUGAGGAGAGUAGACAUAACUCCGUUAGAGCAAAGGAAGUUAACUUUUGAUACCCAUGCAUUGGUUCAGGACCUGGAAAGUCAUGGAUUUGAAAAAGCACAAGCAGAAACCAUUGUGUUAGCAUUAAUAAUUCUGUCAAAUGUCAGCCUAGACACAAUCUAUAAGGAGAUGGUCACUCGAGCUCAACAGGAAAUUACUGUCCAGCAAUUAAUGGCACAUUUGGACUCAAUCCGGAAAGAUAUGGUCAUCCUAGAGAAAAGUGAAUUUGCAAAUCUCAGAGCAGAGAAUCAGAAAAUGAAAAUUGAAUUAGAACAACUUAAACAACAGCUAUUACAUGAAACAACUAGAAUCAGAGCAAAUAAUAAACUGGAUAUAAACCUAGAAAGGAGCAGAGUGACAGAUCUGUUCACAGAUCAAGAAAAGAAACUAAUGGAAGAAACCACUGAAUUUAGCAAAAUGGAUACCUAUAUCAAAAAUGUUAUUUCACAGACCAGUAAUAAAAUUGACAUUGAAAUUGCUUCACUAAAAACACUGAUGGAGUCAAACAAACUUGAGACAAUUCGUUAUCUUGCAGCAUCUGUUUUUACUUGCCUGGCAAUAGCACUGGGAUUUUACCGCUUCUGGAAAUAAUGGCAGCUCUUCAGGAUCACCACCAACAGGAACAAGGCUGCUUUUUGGUCCACUUGAAGAUCUUUGCUUUUGCUUUUUGCAUAACACUCCAGGGACAGAUUUAGAUUACUCUGUCUCAGUUCCUGAAUAUAUCUAUUUGCUUUUAUUCCCUGAUGCCAAAAAGGUAUAAUUCAAAACUUAAUUAAAAUGUUGUAGAAAGGUAUUUUAUGGUUUAUACUUGGCAGAUAGUUUGCAGAAUUGGAACCAUAUAGUUUGCUCAUUGUAUAAUUAAUUACAUAACUUAUGCAUUUAAGUAGUUUGGGCUUGGAUUGGAUUCAUCUUGGACUGUUCAAUUUGGGCUACAUAUAAGUAAACCAUUCCCCAAGCUUAUGUACUCAUUGUAUCUAUAUUCAGUUUUCAUCAGGACUUGAUCCUAUUUGUAGGAUUUUUGUUUUUCUUUUUUUACUAAGUAGUAAGAUGUUUA